AUGCUUGCUUAUGGAGUAGCCGCUGAUUUUAUGGACGAAUAUGUGAGAAUUGGAGAAAGCACUGCAAUAGAAAGCUUAAAAUAUUUUGUUAAAGCAGUUGUUGAUAUUUUUUCUAAUGAGUAUUUGAGGUCACCAAAUAGCAAUGACAUCGCUAAACUACUAGCGAUUGGUGAAAGUCGUGGAUUUCCUGGAAUGCUGGGGAGCAUUGAUUCUGUUGCAUCAUAUGAUCUUUGGAUUUGGCAUGCGUUUUUUGGAUUACUUGGGUCUCAUAAUGAUAUCAACGUGCUAGAAAGAUCUUUUGUAUUUACCGAACUUGCUCAAGGGCGUGCUCCUGCAGUCAAUUACACCAUCAAUGGUAAUGAAUAUACAAUGGGAUACUAUCUCGCCGAUGGUAUAUAUCCACAAUGGUCAACAUUUGUGAAAACAAUUCCUUCUCCUCAAGGAAAUAAUAAAAAACUUUUUGCUGCAGCUCAAGAGGCGACAAGAAAAGAUGUAGAACGUGCAUUUGGAGUGCUUCAAGCACGAUUUGCAAUUGUGCGUCGACCGGCACGUUUUUAG